CCCACACACAGUGGCGAUACAGGCACUGAGACAGACAGAGAUUGAGACGGAGAGAGAGAGAGAGAGAGAGAUACAGGCACACAUCGAGGGUCCGUGACACUCAGCGGGGCGCUCCAGUGCGCUCGAAAUGUCGUCAGGUGUCCCUCUGACACUCAUGCAAUGCACACACGCACACAUGCACACAUCAACACAUUGACAGAAACGCCACACCCAUCGAUCGACCUGCAAACGCUUCGCGUGACAUGACAGUCAGCAAGCACCCGUCAGUCAGGACCAGCCAGUAGAGUGAGUAGGAGGGGGGAGGGAUUCGGUACCGUACGAUACUAACUCGUAUGCAGGUGAGUAAGAACUCCCCUAAAGCAGAUGGCAGCUGGUCUGUGACCCACUGGCUCGACUAUCACCACGCGCACCACAUGCAGACACGACACGACACGCAUACGUCCGGCACACACGAGUAUCGAGCCAGCAGGGGAUACACAAAACGCGCGUCACGCGCUUGGAAAAUCUCAAGGAUCGAUAAGGGACGACACAGAGACAGACAGACGCCACGAAAAAGCGCUCGACGACCGACUCGUCAACAAGGCGGGCGCGAGAAGCACAAAGAAGCGUACGAACGAACGAACGAAGGAGAGGAGAAGAGAGGAGGGGGAACAUAGGAAGGGGCCAAGGCGUACACAUACAUACAAUGCAGUCGUGCAGACAGCGACUCAGCCCAAUAUGUGGGCCAAAAGCCGCCGGCUACGCACUGCCAUCGCCGUUGGCAAGAGCCGCAGCCUCCCUCUCCUCGAUGAUGCGUUCGACCUCCUCCUUGAUGUCGCCGUGCGCCCCGCCAUAGCCCGCACCACUCUCAACGCGGUCCACGAUCGCCUCGAGCUCGGCAUCAGUCAGAUUGCCCGCAUUGCCCCCAUGAAUGCCGCCAUAGCCACUCUCUCCCUCUGCAGUGGCAUUGCCGUGCACACCGCCAUAACCUACCACGACCAAAGAAAAACGAGGGAAUGUCCCGAGCUUGCUUGUGUGGGAAGGUCUUCCCUCAGAUCGUCUGUUCUGACCUGCACGGGCGCCUUCCGGUGUGGCCUCUUCGGACCCAUGGAUGCCUCCGUAGCCACUCUCUCCCUCUGUCGUCGCGUUGCCGUGCACACCGCCGUAGCCUGACCAGUAUUAACCAGACACGACACGAGCAUUAAAGACAGACACGUGUGCCCGCCCGCAUCCGUCAGUCAGACUUUGCCCUCACCAGCGGGAACGCUUUCUGGCGUGGCCGACUCGUCGCCAUGGACACCGCCAUAGCCUGACAGCAGACGAGCGAGCAAGAGAGCACCGAUUGACGCACUCUAACACAUGUGUCUCAAUCUCUACAUGUGCUAGGUAGAUCUACCCUACCUGAUUCCUCCUCGGCAUGGUAGCCACCAUAUCCAGGAGGCACCUCCUCGGCGGACACGUUGGCAGUGCCGUUGUCGUGGCGGCCGCCGUAGCCGGCGCCCUCCACCACCUGAUAGUCACUUUCGACCUGGGCGCGGCGUCUCUCAGCCGACGUGCGCAGGUGCCUCGAUGGGAGGGCCGACGCCUGCACGCCCACACAGAGAAAGAAAGCAGUGAGCAUACCCAGACAGAGAUCUUCCACAUGGCUGACUGACCAGAGCGAUGCAGAGAAGGACCAGAGCGGGCAGCGCGAACAGGUGCGAUGGCUUCAUGGAUGAUAUCUGGCCCUCAGAGCUGCAGCAAGCAAGGCACACGCAAGCAAUGGCGUUGCUGAGCGUCCAAGCCUGACGAGGCCCCACCUGCCGAGUGAAGUGGACGGCGUCUGACAAGAUGCCAAUUGAUGCUUUUGAGGUAGAUCUCUUGAGGUUUCAGUACUGGGGCAGGCUGCUGAAGUGCCUGAGCUACGUGGGGUGCGCAAUUUCAGCCAGCGAAGAUCUUUUUCAAUUGUUUUCGCGCCUGCCCUGGCUCUUUGAGCUUGCGGCACCACUCAUCCUAGAAGACGCCGCUGCAAGAUGCAGACGCUGUCGAAUUGGGCGAAUAACAUCCCAU